AUGCGACGAGAAUUAUUGCUCGCGAUUUGCCACCAAUUUUAUAGCGCUCUUUUUCAAGGUGUCUUCUUCCGGAAGUAUACGCAGAAACGUGGUAAGGAGUUGGGUCUGAAAGGAUGGUGCAUGAACACCUCGAACGGUACCGUCGUCGGUCGUUUGGAAGGGGAAAAGUCUCAAGUCGAGGAAAUGAAACAAUGGCUUCGUCACACCGGCAGUCCUCAAUCGCGGAUCGACAAGGCGGAAUUUCGCAACGAGAAAGAAAUCUCGCAGCCGUCGUUCUCGAACUUUGAAAUUCGGAAAUAGGAGCGCUCGCGAGCGAGGAGUUGUAAUAAAAAUAUAAAUGCCCUAAUAAUUAGUUUGAAUAAUUUAAGUGAUCGCUCUUAUAAUAAAAUCGCUAUUUAAAUAAAUAUAAUAUAAAAU